GCCGGGCGCCGGGCGGCACGUUGGCCGAGCCUUCGGCGGUCUCUCUGCGGAGAAAUAUGGCUUUGGCUAGCGAUUUCUAUUUGCGCUACUAUGUGGGGCACAAGGGCAAGUUUGGACACGAGUUUCUGGAGUUCGAGUUCCGUCCGGACGCAGUUUUGCUGUUAUAGAUUGAAUUUUUUUCCACUCCCCACAGGAAAGCUUAGAUAUGCCAACAACAGCAACUAUAAAAAUGAUGUCAUGAUCAGAAAAGAGGCGUAUGUACACAAGAGUGUGAUGGAAGAACUGAAGAGGAUCAUUGACGACAGCGAAAUUACAAAAGAAGAUGAUGCUUUGUGGCCUCCCCCUGACAGGGUUGGCCGGCAGGAGCUUGAAAUUGUAAUUGGAGAUGAACACAUUUCUUUUACUACAUCAAAAAUAGGUUCUCUUAUUGAUGUAAAUCAGUCAAAGGAUCCCGAAGGCCUUCGAGUAUUUUACUACUUGGUGCAGGACCUGAAAUGUUUAGUUUUCAGUCUUAUCGGAUUACAUUUCAAGAUUAAACCAAUCUAAAUUAUAUGUUUUUGAAGCUGUUUUUAUAUUUAAUUAAGAGAUUGGUAAAGGGGGGUUAUUUGUCAUUUACAUUAUCAGGAUUUUUAUGUAUGUGAAGCAAACUCAUUUUUUGUAUACAAAUUGAAAAUAAGAGAAUGUAUAACAGGCUUAAUGGUUAUCUUCACUUUCGUCCAAGUGGGUUGGACAGUGCCCACACACAGUCAAUUCUGUACAUAAAAGACACCUUUUGUUGAAAUUUUGCUCCAAUAAAACUUUCCAAAGCCUG